CAGUCCUCCGCUCGCAUCUCCUGUGGGCGGCACCAAGUCUCGAGGAUAGGAGUCGAGGAGGGGAAAUUUGAGUAUUGAGAAACCUCUUUUGUCCCAUGUCAGUUCGUUAUGUUUCAUGUCGUGAGAACCUGGGCCUUUUGACUCCUGAAACUUUACUUUGAGAAAUAUACCUUUGUCAAGAGAGAGAGAAAGCAGAGAGGAGGUACACACUACACAGGAGUCAGAGAGACAGGCAGACAGCAGAACAGCAGCAGUUCCAAUCCACGCGCAGCCGGGACUCCUAGGUGCCGUGUGCGCGCAGUCUGGAGAGAGUGGCGCGUGAUAAAUCAGCCCGGUGCAGCUCCGCGAGACCUCGCCUGAACACCUCCACCUCUGCCACCCUUAUCAUCGGCAGCAAGCUGGACUAUCGUGCUGCGUUUCAUAAGAGGACGUUAAAAAGCCGCGUGUGGGGAUACACAUCUUUCCACUCGGAGAUUUUAAACUUCGCCGCGUGAGGCUUCGGAACUUCUUCAUUCCCUCGCGCAGAUGUGGACGCAUUGAGGAAGCUGCACUUUUUUCCUUUUAUAGAAUAUAAUUGUAGCCUACUAUUUAUUUCCACAGCGGCUCAGACUUCUUUCAACCAUGAUACAGAUGUGAUAUGAGCAAACUGCUGCUGCACUAUCGACGAUAUGUCCUCAAUUGGUAUACCUUGAUAAUAAAUAAAAAAGUAGCUAUUAAUUAAUUCCAGGAUAUAACUCUCUCUCGUGCACAGCAUGCCAGGCUGAUACCAACGCCUCACUCUGAACUCUCCAAGGCUUUGAACAUUGUCACAAUAAACCUGAGAUUACUCAGGAAUAUGCUCAGUGAGCAGCUCAACUUUUGGAAGAGCUCUUUUGAAAUCUACUUCAAAAGAUUCUGCAGAAGUCUAUGAAAUCAAAUUUGAAGACUUUUCUCAUGAUAAACCCAUAUGUUGCCGUGCAUGAACUGAUGAUUUGGGCCUUUUCGAAAGCUAAUGAAGCUGGAGUCAUCACUAUUUAAUGCCAAGAGACAAGCGGAACAAUGAUUAAUUAUACCUGACGCAAUUUGGGGAGGCACUGCUGAUUAUGCAGAAGGUUGGCGGGCUUGAUAUGCCCAGGAAAUCCUCUAUCCUUGAUGGCUUUGCCGUGAUAUGGUGUGUGGUCUUUGGAUUAUUCAUCGUAAUUGCACCAGUGAUGGCUUGUCCCACGACUUGUCACUGCAUGGAGAAGAGUGGAAAGACCGUGGUCCAAUGCAUUUCCCGUAACUUGGACAUCAUACCACCUGAUCUCCCUAGGGAUACCGUCAUCCUGCUUUUGGCGUCCAACCACAUCACCCACAUCCCCAACCAAGCCUUCAAGGACCUGCACUACCUGCAGGAGCUGGACCUGUCCAACAAUGACAUUGAAUUGGUGGACCUCGGAGCUUUCCAAGGCAUUUCUGACAGCCUCCUUUUUCUGGAUCUAUCAAACAAUCGGAUCCAAAGUGUCCCUAAAGAGGCAUUUGCGCGACUUCGGGCAAAAAUUAGCCUCUCGAACAACCCGUGGCACUGCGAGUGCACGCUGCAGGAGGUGCUGAGGGAGCUACGGUUGGACCCUGAGACGGUGAACGAGGUGAUGUGCCACACGGCGGUGCAGGAGGAGUACGCUGGCAAACCGGUGAUCCAGGUGCUGGACUCAGGGAUCAACUUCUGCAACUUCCACCACAAGACCACCGACGUAGCCAUGUUCGUCACCAUGUUCGGGUGGUUCACCAUGGUGAUCGCGUACGUCAUCUACUAUGUGAGACACAAUCAGGAGGAUGCUAGGAGGCACCUGGAGUACCUCAAGUCACUGCCAAGCAGUUCUCAGAUCAGCAAGGACUUUGACACCAUCAGCACUGUUCUCUAGCAGGGCCAUAUUUAUGUGAAAACAUUUGUGGUUUUGUUCAAUGACUAAAAGCUGUUGUAAAACAUAAUCACCAGUGUUUCUAAGAUUUAUCAGUUCUUAAAAUCGGUGAAAUCGACUUUUUAAGCCCUGUAAAUGAUGUCCUUUUUCUUAUUACUGGCACACAGGGAAACAUUGAUAGCACAAAAUAAACAAAAUCUCCUAAAAGUCACAUUUCUUUGACGGAUGAUAGAUCAAGACUGAAGAGAUAAAUGUCCCAGCUCUACUGUCGAUCCACAGUCUAGUUGAAUUUUCUCUCGUGAAGAAUGAGUCCCCUUGAUACUUUUUAUUGAUUGAUUUAUGUUGUUUGUGUCACACUGUCAAGAUAAAGGUCAUUUUACUUUGACAUAUGAAAUAGAGCAACAAUCAGUUUGCAUAAAACAUGCAAAACAGCCCUGCCUCCAGGAAACUGGAAAACAGGAAACUACUGACCCAGGAAAUAAGGUUACGCAUUCAGUCAGACAAAAUGUAUUUAAACAAGAAAUUGUUGGCACACACUUCCAGCUCUGAAGUGUUUUUCGUAUACCAAACAUGAUCUGAAGAAGCAUUUCAGAAUCAUAUACCAAUGACCAAUGAAAAGAUGAUCUGAAAGAUCAAUGUCAAUAUGACAUAAUAUUACCAAUAUGACUUGUUUUCACAAUACAAAUGGUUAUAUUGUUUUAUAUACACUUUCUUAAUUUUUCAGAUAUUGAUGAUAUUUAGAUUUUUAGAGCAAACAACAAACAAUCCAAAGUAAAGAAGAACUGGUUCAAACUAAUUUGAACUAUUAGUUAAUCAGAAUCUAAUAUUACACCCCUCCACAAAAUGAUAUCAUCGUCCAUUGUUAGGUAUCACCUAGGUCUAGGACAUCGUAAUAUGCCAGGUUCGCCCAACUCAAAAUGAAAAUGUCAAAUCUACACUGCUAUAUCAUCCAGUACACCACAGCAUAAUUUAGAGGAGCCUUUAUAUUAUGACAUCUCAAAAGAGUCAAUUAUAGCACAGGUAAAAAACAAGUCAUAUGAAAACCCUUCGUGUAAGAGUAUUGAUUAAUGCAGCUUUGUACCAGUCACCUUCAGAGCAAAUGUCAUGGUCAAAAAUUGGUAUGAAAGUAUUUAUGUUGAAGAUUAUGUUCAGACAUUGUUUCUGUUUUAUUUGAAACAGAGCAACAAACCGCAAAUAGCUAAGUUAACAUGACAAUUACAACAUUUUAUUUUACAUAACAUAAUAAAAACAUAAUUCAUUGGUUU